CGGUUUAUGGCAUCAUCCCGCAUCGGCAGGGGCAGCACUCGCCCCUCGGCGCCUGCGCUCGCCGCGCUCGCCGGAGCCUCCGCCGGCCUGAGCGCGGCCCAAAGUGGGGGUGCUGUCACCAGAGCCCCCCCAAACCUGAGCGAGCCCCCCCACCCGAAGAGGCGCAGAACAAUGGGCUGAACGCAUCCGGCAUCUUCCAGCGCCGGGAGCCGCCGGCACAGGCCGGGCCGGGGGUGCGGGAAACAAAGACCUCCCCCAAAAAAAAACACCCUCGGCGUGGUGCUGGGGGGGUCGGCGAGCCCCCCACGGCCCGGUGAGGGACCCCCCGGUUUGUCCCGAGGAGCUGCAGAGCCGCCGGCCCCGGUUUGAGGAGCGACAGCGCCGGUAGCAGCAGGUGCCCCCAUGGCGUCGUUCCGCAUCCGGCAGUACCAGGAGCAGGACUACGAGGCCGUGCGGGCCAUGUUCGCCCGCGGCAUCCUGGAGCACGCUCCGGCGGGGUUCCGCUGGGUGCUGCGGGCGGCGCGGGUGCGGCUGGCGCUGCUGGCCGUGUUCGUGGCGGCGCGGGCGGCCGCCGGCUCCUGGGUGCUGGGGCUGGGCGCGGUGGCGCUGGCGCUGGUGCUGCUCUGGGUGCUGGUGCGCUCGCUCAGCGCCGAGUACGUGCGCGACGCGCUGGGCACCGACCUGUGCGACGUGGCCGGCUCCUACCUGCGGGCGCCCGACCGCUGCUUCUGGGUGGCCGAGGAGGGCGGCGCCGUGGCGGGCAUGGUGGCGGCGGUGCCGGCGGGCCGCGGCGAGCUGGAGCUGAAGAGGAUGUCGGUGGGCCGGGAGCACCGCGGCCGCGGGCUGGCGCGGGCGCUGUGCCGGGAGGUGCUGGCGUUCGCCCGCGCCCGCGGUUUCGGCGCCGUGGUGCUCAGCACCUCCAUGGUGCAGGUGGCGGCGCAGCGGCUCUACGAGGGGCAGGGGUUCAGGAAGGUGGGCAGCUCGUACCCCUCGCUGCUGGGCACUUUGCUGAACUUCCAGAUCUUCCAUUACCGCUGCGAUUUGGGGGAUGGCACCAAGUAGGGUCCGAGUGGCGCUGUGGGGGCUGGGGUGGAUGGCACUGCCAAACCUGGCACGUGAGGCGCUGCCGUGGCGCCCCAGCUCCAGCACAGCACCGUGACCCCGGGGCAUGAGGCGCUGCCGUGGCACGCGUGGCGCUGCCAUGGCACCCGAACCCUGGCACACCCAACCCUGGCACCCCAAGCCUGCCCCAGGACACGAGGCACCACCCCAGCACUCCCCUGGCACAGCAGCACCGACAGCACCGCCCUGAUCCCAGGACAUGAAGCACCACCACGGCCCCACAGGCUGGCAUGUGUGGCACUGCCAUGGCACCGCCAGCCCAGGACGUGUGGCACUGCCUUGGCACCGCAGCACUCCAACCCUGGCACCGCCAUGGCACCCCUCCCUGGAUUUCCAGCAGCAGGAAAUAAAGAGAGACCUGUGGGA